AUGGAUUUCGACCCCAUGGUGAUGGACACGGAGGCUUCUGGGCCAUCUGUGAAAAUUACUGAGGUUGGUUCCGAUCAUGUUGACUUUGAACUUGAGAAUGUCGACCUCGCCUUCGCGAAUUCCUUGCGCCGAGUCAUCAUGGCCGAGGUCCCAACAAUGGCAAUCGAUUUGGUAGAGAUCGAGGCCAAUACAUCAGUUCUGGCAGAUGAGUUUAUCGCUCACCGACUGGGUCUGAUUCCUCUGGUGUCAAAGAAUAUUGAGGAUGUGGCAUACACCCGCGACUGCGAAUGCGAACAGUACUGCGAACUCUGCAGCGUCACCCUGAACCUCCAGGCAAAAUGCACCAGCACAGAUAUCAUGAAAGUUUAUGCGCGGGAUCUAGUGGUUGACCCAAGACGAGCAAACCAAUGGGUGGGAAAUCCAGUCAUUACGGAUCCAGAAGGUCAGGGAACCGUGAUUUGCAAGUUGCGCCAGAACCAAGAGCUUCGAAUCAAGUGUAUCGCAAAGAAGGGUAUUGCUAAGGAACAUGCGAAAUGGGCACCCACAUCCGCUGUUGCUUUCGAAUACGAUCCAAACAACAAGCUGAGACAUACAGAUCUAUGGUACGAGGCGGAUGCUGCGUCCGAAUGGCCAAAGAGCAAGUACGCCGAUUGGGAGGAGCCAGAGCAAGAAGGCGUGCCCUUUGACUACGAUGCCGUCCCAAGCAAAUUCUACUUCGAGGUUGAGAGUGUGGGAAACUUGGACCCGGAUGCCAUCAUUCAACAGGGUAUCAAAGUUAUGCAGACGAAGUUGGCUUCUGUGAUUCAAGAAUUGACUGAAGGCGACGAGGGAGCGAACGGCAUUAAUGGAUACGAGGACGGACCAAGAAGUCCAGAUGUCAACAUGAACGGAGGCCAGAACUGGGGAGACGAUGCAGGUGGCUAUUCUACACCUUAUGGCAAUGGAGCUGCCGCUGGUCAAUGGGGAACUGGCGCGGGUGCUGCUACACCUUACGGAGCAACACCAUACGGUCAAAACGGAGCAAACGGAUGGAAUUAG